AUGGCCAACAAUUCGUCGGUUCAUUCGGUCCCAGCUUUAAAACCGGAUGUGGAAUAUGCCCUAGGCUUGUCAUCCAUUGGCUAUGUCUACGUUCAACCCUUCAUCUGCCUCGUGGGAUUCGCGCUCAACGUUGUUAAUAGUUGCAUCUUCGCUCGAAAAACCUUUGCAGCGCCAGCCUACCUGUUGAUGUUCGCUCUGUCGAUCUCAGAUUCCAUUACGCUGGGCCUACGCAUCCCACAAGGAAUGAUUUAUUACCGGGGCAACUCCAUGACACAAAAGAUGAUUGCCAUCUACGCCUAUAUCUACGCUACGUACGUGGAGGUGCCCAUCACCAACAUGUCCGAGAACAUGAGCGCCUGGCUUACCGUCAGUUUAGCUAUCGAACGUUUCGUGGCAAUGAAGCAUUGGAAUCUCUCCAAGCAGUACUGUCAUCGGCAAAACGCCAAAAGACUCGUCCUGGCGAUAACAGCCAUCUCCGUUAUCCUCAAUCUGCCCUACUUUAUGAUACAUCAGUUGCAGGUGCAAAAACGGAGCAACGGCGCGGUGCGCAUCCUCUCCAGUACAACGCGUUUCGGUGACUCCAGUUUCUACACCGUAUUCUCGUGGCUGCGGAUAUUUCUUGUACAAAUAAUUCCCCUCUUUUUUCUCUGUCAUUCCAACAUUCUCCUCCUCAUUUUGGUCUACGAGCACAACAGCCGAUUCAGGUCACAGAGCCUGAAAAUGCAGAGUCGUAUGAAUCAGCCGGUCAUUAAGUCGGAGAGUUUUGAGAGCUCACGCGACGGUGACACCCAGGUGGCCAAUGAGACCAUGCUACUGUCUGGCAGUCGAACCACCCUUCAGGCGGAAUCCACGCUGCCGGAAGAGCAACAGAAGCAUGUGCCCUUGACGAGUGGUCAACCCGCUGAUGCCGCUGGCCCUCACGAUGGUCACCACAAAUGGGGUCACGCUAGUCAGCAUGGCACGAAAGGUGUGGCCUCCCAGAACAACUACCAACAACAGAAGAAAAAGGCUGCCCAACAGAAACUCACCAUCCUCCUAAUUGCUGUGAUCUUGCUAUUCCUCUUCGGGGAGAUCCCACAGGCUCUGUCCUACCAGCGGAUAUUUCAAGUCUUCGGGUUCUGCACUGCCGGCGCGUUUCAUCACUGCCCUACCUACAUCGUCUACCGCAUGAUAACCACCAACCUCGCUCUGACAGCCUACGGUCUAAAGUUCUUUUUGUACAUUUUCCUGAACAAGCUGUUUCAAAAGGAGUUAAGAUCUUGUUGUUGA